AUGGAGGUGAAUGCAAUGAACGAGACGGUGCGCACUAGGGAGUCGAACUUGGGCAGCUUCGUGGCGGACAUCAUCCGUUCGGAGACCGGGGCCGACGUGGUGCUCUACAACGGCGGCACCCUGCGCUCGGAUUCGACCUACGGCCCGGGCGAGUUGACCCUCAAGCACCUGGUGAGCAUCUUGCCCUUCCCGACCCCAUCGUCGUCAUCGAAGUCACCGGCGAACAACUCAAGGCCGCGCUCGAAUUCGGUGAGUAAGGUGCCGGUGCAGGAGGGCCGCUUUGCCCAGAUCAGCGGCAUGCGAUACGUCUAUACUCGCAGCCAGCCCGCCGGCCAGCGCGUGCUCCACGUGGAGGUCAAGGGAAAGCUGCUGCAGGCGGACAAGAAGUACACGCUGGCGACUAAGGCCUACAUUGCGGACGGGCACGACGGCUUCGAGUCCCUGCCCGGCGGCAAGGUCAUCGUCGACGAGGAGAACGCCCGCCUCCUCUCCGCCAUGGUGCGGUGCUAUUUGACGAAGCUGAACGCGCUGCAGGGCAUCCGCAAGGUGCGCGUGGACGAGAUCGUGAAGAACGCCUUCAAGAAGGUGCGCUUCGUGCCCAAGAACCGCAACCAGCCUUCGCCCCUCGCCGUCAUCGCUCCCCAGGUCGACGGACGCAUCCAGGAAUAUGAGGGCCCGCUGCCGUACACGCCCCCGGCGCUGGCGACGGCGGCGAGGCCGGCCGGCGCAGUGGAGGCGGCGCUCGAGGAGGAGUUCAGGGAGGCCACCCGCGAGGCCCUCCUGCAGGAGAUCGCCCGCCUGCGGCGCGAGAACCGCGAGCUCCACGACCACCUGCUCCAGUUCAUGGACGGCGCACACAGCGACGACGACCACCCCGCGCACCACCACAGCGAGAACUAA